AUGACCCAAUCAUUGCAUUCGCUGAAGGUUCAGCGGGAGAUUUCACCGUCAAUGGUAAGUUAUGCCACAACUGCCAGGAUCUCAGGCCCACGAGGGUCUCAAAGCACGAGCCGGUGCACAACAUCUCUCGUCGCUGGCUUGCACUGCCCAUCUCUGUGUUGCGCGGCUGGCUUACCACCUCUUUCUCAGCGCAGCCAAAGGAGGCGAACCCAGCAGGGUAAUGCUUUCCGAAGGUACAACUCUGCUGCCGAAGACCAUAUUGAGACGCAAACAUCCACUGACACUCUGAUCGACUAUCGUCGUGCUUUGGCCAGCAGGAAAGCUUUUAAAGAGGGAGGCCCCGACCCGCCGUGUGUCGGAUUUCGUUCUUGGACCCAGCUCAUCAUUUGGUCGUCGCUCUGGAAAAGUCUCGGUUUUGCCUCCAAGUCAUUCAUUCCUCUGUCCAUGCUUAGCUCUUUCACUCCUUUCAGUACCGACACACUUCAUACCGGAGUUUGGUUUCAUCGACACUGCUACCAACGCUACCCCAGCACCAGGCUGACAGCUGAAACCGCAUCAUCCACCUCCCGCCGCCUUCUCGACCUAAUAAUUCUUCAAGGGCCCACCUGCGGCGUCUCUGACCUCCCCGAAACAGAUCCAUUGUUCUGCGCCUUGCUAUCAAUCGUGGAGUUUGACGACUUGACUCGGUUCCACCUUGGUCCUGGAACAACAUUGGGGAGCAAUGUGUACCGAGUGCGCAUCGGCAACAACCACACCUUGCUGCACCCUGGAAGUCUGAAGCGUAAACUCAGUUCAUUAUUGCGUCCGGUUCGGUACGGCGAGGUUUCCUAUCCCUCGCCGCCGAUGUCAAAUCCUCCUUCUCCACCGAGGCUACCUCAAGAUCACUCUGCCACACUCGCUAGCGUCUCGCAACCAUCGACUUCAUCCUCCAUAACAGCCACCUCGACCCUUAUGCCUGCAGUGGCAAUCGCUACUUCAUCGCUAGGCCCUCCAUUCUAUGAACCUGCAGCACAAGCGCCGGGCAAUGCGCGUUCGCCACCAUCCUUCCCUCCACCAACCUCUGCAGCAGCAGUUGCUACGUCUUCUCAGUCACAGCCAACCUCAGCAGCACCUACUGCAUGGCAACCUUCUGCUGAGAAUGAACCGAGUACGCGCCCCACCAGUUCCAGAGGUGGACGCAAAUCCAAAGCACAUGUUGCUUCGGCAUGUAUCAAUUGCAAGCGAGCUCACCUGAGUUGCGAUGUGAAUCGACCUUGUGCUCGAUGCGUGGCGUCAGGAAAACAGGUAUGGAUGUCCUUCGACACAUGCUUCGAUGUCCAGCACAAGAAACGCGGAAGACCACGCCUACGAGAAGAAGGCGACUUCAAAGUCGAGCAAACGCUACCUGAGGCAAGGCCGACAACAGCGAUUCCAUCUGGCAGCUCUGAUCCGUCGACACGACCGCUAGCUGCAACCAGACCUCGAAGAGCAGAAUCCUUUCGUUCGCUCCGCUCACAGGGCAGCGAUAGCUCUGGCGCAGUCGCAAGUCCGACAUAUCCAUUGCCUCCUCCGCCGACAGCAACGAGACCUACAUUCGACUUCCACUACCAUCCUAUUGCGCCUUCUGUGCAGCAUGGGUAUGAGGUUCCUACCGUGUUCCUUGACCUUGACCUAGUCAUUAUCAAGGCAAACAUGCCUUAUCGUCACAUCAUGGUGGGCGGGCGGGAAGUCGCUGGCCGGCAAUUGAGCGAUAUUGCCAUGCCUAUGGACGGGGAAAGCUUUCAAGCUAUUCGUGCGCGAUUGAGAGCAGAGCGUGAAGCGCGUGAGCCGGUCUACAUGCCGCCGAUCGUUCAGCCUGGCCAGGAUCCUCUCAAUGGCGCAUUGGAGGCAGACGUCGAACGGUACACCCAAGGUUUCGAUGACCGCACCUACAAUUGGACCCAGACACAGAUGGGCCACGCUGCAGUGACAUUUCCUGCCCGUGUGAGGCUUGCUAAAGCAAAUGCAUUCUUCGUAGCGGUAACCCUACCGACCUUUCGCCCUGUCGAGCCGCCACCACCACCGCCGCUCUAUGCUCGGAUGCCUGCUGCAAUGCCAUUGCAAACACAAUCAUCGGAUGGCUACACGACUACUCGACCUUUUGCAACGCAUUCCGCGCCCGCUUCUGCUUACACACCGUUUCCGGCAGCAUCGCCGUUGAUGGCUCCUCUACGAUCCAUUGGUCACCAAUCAAACCGAUCAUAUCCGCCGCCCCAGCCCACUCUACCGUAUCAGCAACAAACGCAACCACAAUCUCUGCAACAGCCAACCCAACCUCACGCGAUCUACCAGCCACCGCCGUCGGGAACGCCUCGAUUGCCGGUCGCCGAGCCUCCAACUGAAACAACCGCGUUCACCCCGCGAAGUGCUGCACGUGAGCUGCCAGGAGCCAGUUCCACACACAGCGCCAUGCAGCUACCACCAAUCAUCGGCAGUUCCGCGCAUCCUCCAACGACGCGCAUCGAAACGCCGCCUGCAGGCCCCGCGAAAGAUCCUUGGACGAGGACGAAGGCGAAAGUACACCUCGGAAACGACAACGAAUGGGUAUCGAUGAUGUGCUUCAUCGUUGACGAGUGGAUAUCACAUGCAUACAGCGAGCGCUAUAAUUCUACCACAACACUGAGUCGGGGAGCGGCAAUUUCAUUUCAGCAUCAGCACCACUACAUACGGCACCGGUGGUACAUUCACCAGUCCGGGUUCAGAGCACGGCAUUCGGAAAAACGAUGGCAGCAUAUCAUUCAUCUGCCUUUCUUGCACGAUGUCGGGCUUCAGAUAUGGCCUCAAUGGCAGCUAAUUAAACUACGAGAUCAGUGUGAUAAAUAG